AUGCUAGACAAACCGCAAUGGCUCAGACGGCAGACAUGGACAGGGGUUCUCCGCACCAGCUCUGCAGGUUCCGAAACACUCCGGCCGCCCAACGCCUUGACCUUAGAGAUGCAUUGGGGCCAACAGCACAAGUACGGAAUACACGCAUUUUCAGAUGCUGGUCGACCAAAACGACAAAACAAAAAAUUAGGUGAACAAGCUCAGUUCGACGCCGGGAGAGCAAGCGUGUCAUCCAUCGAGGAGACAAUCGCUAGCAUCAUGAGAGCCGCAGCUCUAGAUACCAACGCCUCUAGAGUAUGGGUUUCGUGUGCCCCGUCCGACGCUGAUAUCCGAACAUCAUUCAUCCUCGAUUAG